AGGCAAACAGUGGUGAUUGACGAUGCGUUAGCAUCUGAGGCGUCCGAGGUGCAGAUCGAGGUUGAACUUUUGUGUGGUUGUGAUUGCAAAAUCAUAGAAAGUUCACACUGUGAGCACGGGGUCAACGAGUGCGGUAUAUGCAAAUGCAACUUCGGCUGGUCCGGAGAUACCUGUGACUGCGACGAGAGUUCUUCGAUAGAGAAUAGGCUGCAAUGUACCAAUGGCGGGCAGAUCUGCUCAAAUAGAGGCGAAUGCAUUUGCGGUACUUGUAUCUGCGAUAAAGGAUACAACGGACACUUCUGCGAAUGUUCUCCUUGCGACAAAACCGAUGGAAUCGAAUGUGGCGGUCGCGGUAUAUGCGAUUGUGGUGUUUGUAAUUGCUUGGAUGGAUGGGAAGGCAGCGGCUGUCAAUGUCCGUCCGGCAACGAACUUUGCAUUGCUCCCGGCAGCAAAGAAGUAUGUGCUGGGCAUGGAUAUUGUGAUUGUGGACAAUGCCG